UUGAAUCAGUUCUGAUCUGAAAAAACAGAAUGAAUUUGGGUGAACUAUACAUACUUGAAGUUUUGAACUUUGUGAAAAGUAAUAAUGGCGAUUAGAACACUGCUUCGUUCCAGAAUUGUACAUUAUUUCUCCAAAACACUCUUCCAUUGCUAUCUUUCUCCACCCAAAACCACUCAAUAUUGUCUUUCUUCUUCUUCAUUCUCUUCUUACCUUCCCCCCUGCAAUGGUUUUCGCGGCUAUAUGUUCAUGUCCUCUUUAACUGAAGCAAAAACAAAACCCGAACACGGAAGCUCGGACCCAUCUUCUCCGGACCUUGUAAACGAGAUUUCUCGAAUUCUUAGCGAUUACAGAAGCCCACACCACGAUAUUGAGUCAGCUCUCAGUCCGUUUUCCGGCAGAAUUUCAACUGACGUAGUUGAACAAGUGCUCAAACGUUGCAAGAAUCUUGGAUUCUCUGCGCACAGGUUUUUCAUAUGGGCGCAAAAGUUAUCAGGUUUUUGUCAUAGUAGAGUAAGUUUUCACAUUCUUGUUGAUACAUUAGGAAGUAGCAAACAGUUUCCCUUGAUAUGGGAUUUCCUUGUUGAGAUGAGAACGAAUUUAUCUUGUGAAAUUACUCCGGAAAUUUUCUGGAUUGUUUUCAGGGCUUAUAGUAGAGCUGGUUUGCCAGCUGAUGCAAUUAGGGCUUUUAAUAAAAUGGUAGAUUUUGGGAUUAAACCAUGUUUAGUUGACCUCGAUAAGCUUUUGCUGGCGCUGUGUAAACGAAAGCACACGAAGCAAGCUCAGGAGUUUUUCGAUAAAGUGAAGGGUGAUUUCAUGCCGAGCGUGAAAACUUACAGCAUUCUGAUCAGAGGUUGGGGAGAAUUAGGGGAAGUUGCUGGAGCGCAAAAGCUGUUCGAUGAAAUGCUUGAAAGAGGUCGUUCAGUUGAUUUGCUUGCGUAUAAUAGUAUUUUGGAGUCGCUAUGCAAGACUGGUAAGAUGGAUGAGGCUUUCACCUUUUUCACGAAGAUGAGAUCCAUUGGACUGAUACCUGAUGCUUAUACUUAUUCAAUUUUUAUUCAUGGUUAUUGCGCGGUAGAUGAUAUUCAUUCGGUUUUCAGGGUCCUUGAUCGGAUGAGACGGUACAAACUUGUGCCUAAUGCAUUUACGUAUAACUGCAUCAUCAAAAAGCUUUGUAAGACCAACAAGGUUGAAGAGGCUUACCAACUGAUAGAUGAGAUGAUCAGUGGAGAGGUGAGGCCUGAUUGUUGGAGUUACAAUACUAUCCUAGCUUCUCAUUGUGAUCGCAAUGAAGUUAACUCUGCACAUAGGCUGAUUUCGAGAAUGGAACAAAACAACUGCCUACCCGAUAAGCAUACAUAUAAUAUGUUGCUUAAGAUGCUUAUUAGGGUGGGAAGGUUUGAUAGAGUUGAGAAAGUAUGGGAGAGCAUGGAAGACAGGAACUUUUAUCCUUCAGUCUCGACGUAUGCUGUCAUGGUGCAUGGUUUCUGUCAGAAGAAAGGCAAACUUGAGGAAGCAUGUAAGUAUUUUGAAAUGAUGAUAGAUGAAGGCAUUCCACCAUAUACAGCGACUUGUGAAAUAUUGAGAAAUAGAUUAAUAGGUCGUGGAUUUGCAGAUCAGACCGAGAUACUUGCAGAUAAGAUGGAAAGGAGCACAUCUAGGUUAAUUCAAGAACUGACAAACGUGAUGCGAGGUAACAAGGCCUGCAUGAAGUUGAAGCAUGAUGAAGAAUACCCAGAUGAAAGUUUUGAGUGAAAGAAUCUAAUGGUCUAGGAUAGUCCAAAUCCUUGGCCUAGAGGAUACCUACUCUUGUUGCAUGUCUUUUAUUGGUCAUCACAUGCUGCAUCUCCUUGUUUUCUGAUAGCAGUGAGUGGUUCUGACUUGGCUAUUCCCAGUGGAAACUCCUCGCCCGGAUAGCAAACUAUAGCCAGAGAGCAAAACCUUGGCCCGACCUAUUAUCUUGUGAUGGCAAAUUAUAGUCAAAGAGUGGUGAAAUUUGGACCUAGUGAGUUUCUUGAUCUGCAUAUCCCCUUUGCAAAGCCUUCAUUCGUUUUUAUGGUCCGGCUACCCGGAACAGCAAAGCUGCAUUGAUUCUUAUCCGGCUGCCCUGUGGGUCCAGUUGCUCUUUACCUUUCAAUAUGUGUAAAUGACACCUAGCUUUUAAUGAUUUAGAUGUGGUGCAAUUGGGAGGAAAACUUAGCUAUUUAAGGCUGUAUAAAUGGAUUUGUAGAUGUAGACUUCCAGUUAUUUACAAGGUAAAGGAAAGAAAGACAUGUAGUUAUCUCUUGGAAUCCACAUCUUGCAUUGGAUUUCUUGCAUCAGAUUUUUUGUAUGCUUAGAGCACAAGCUGAAGGGCUAUCGAUUUUCAAGAGUAAACAAGGGGGUUUUACCAGAAAGGAAAAAAAAAAGGGUUAACAAGGGGUCACAAGGUCUGCUUUCUGGUUGAAUGAUGCCUUGUAUGUUGUAACUAGUGCUGGAAUACAUUAGUUAAGGCAUACAAGAAUCUUCCGUUGUACCAGAGUAUAUUAAGGACAAAUUCAUUUGUAUUUGAAUGGGAAAUAAAUAUUUAAUUGUGAG